ACGAGGGUGCUCUGUUCUCCCUCGCGCACACUCUCCUGUCUCAUGCUUUCCACGAUCAACAUGGAAGGGCUUAAUUAAUGCCCCUGCCCUCAAGCUAAUGAAUUUUAAAUCGCCGUUUGAGACUGGACUUAAGUUAAAGCACUGGACUUUCCCUACAGAGUGGAUAACGCUGAGGUAUCUGCCGAAUAAUAAGUCUUCAGAAAAGAGGCAAAUUAUGCCAGCAGCACCAGAGUCCCUUCCCCUGGUGACGUGCCAGCCCAUUGGUCAGACCGCCCUGUGCCCCUCCUCUAGUCCCGCCCUCUAUCCUGGCAGAUCCAUGCUGCUGGACACGCCCCACAGAGCCACUCCCACACCAUGAGCGCCAACGGGCCCGCCUCUGCCCCGGCAGCCCCAGCUGCAACCCCAGUCGCCCCGCCGGUGCCCAGUCCGGUAGCUGUCCCUCCGGCUGCCCCGGUCCCGGUGCCGACCGUCCCGGUGGGCGCGUUGGCACAGAAGAAGCGGGCGCAGUACGCCAAAAGCAAGAAGCAGGGCAGCAACGCCAACACCAGGCCUGCCAGGGCCCUGUUCUGCCUCAAACUCAACAAUCCCAUACGAAGAGCCUGCAUCAGCCUGGUAGAGUGGAAGCCAUUUGAUAUCUUUAUAUUAAUUGCUAUUUUUGCCAACUGUAUGGCCUUAGCUGUGUACAUCCCCUUCCCUGAGGAUGACUCCAACUCCACAAACCAUGACCUGGAAACGGUAGAACAUGUCUUCCUUGUCAUUUUCACUAUCGAGACCUUUCUGAAGAUUAUCGCCUACGGUUUAGUGGCGCACCAGAACGCGUAUGUGAGAAACGGAUGGAACAUGCUGGAUUUUGUCAUCGUCGUUGUUGGGCUGUUCAGUGUUGUCCUGGAGCUUUUGACCAAAGACUCUGUUGAGACAAAGGAGGAGGCGGGUGCGGCUGCGGCUGCGGCGGAGGCUGCGGCUGCAGCCGCAGCGCUCCACCCCUCCGCCCACGGCCACGGGGGAAAGUCGGGCGGCUUCGACGUCAAAGCCCUCCGAGCAUUCCGUGUGCUGCGACCCCUACGCCUGGUCUCAGGAGUGCCCAGUUUACAGGUUGUGUUGAACUCCAUAAUUAAAGCCAUGGUCCCUCUCCUCCACAUCGCCCUGCUGGUCCUGUUUGUCAUCAUUAUCUACGCCAUCAUCGGCCUGGAGCUCUUCAUUGGCAAAAUGCAUGCUACCUGCUUCUUCCCCAGCACAGGCAUGAUAGCGGAGGACGAGCCGGCUCCGUGUGCGAUCUCAGGGCAUGGGCGCCAAUGUCCCAUCAAUGGCACCGAAUGCAGGGAGGGCUGGCACGGCCCCAACGACGGCAUCACCAACUUUGACAACUUCCUUUUUGCCAUGCUGACCGUGUUCCAGUGUAUCACCAUGGAAGGCUGGACGGACGUGCUUUACUGGAUGAAUGAUGCUAUGGGUCUAGAGCUUCCAUGGGUCUACUUUGUAUCUCUGGUCAUCUUCGGCUCCUUCUUUGUUCUGAACCUGGUUCUGGGAGUGUUGAGCGGAGAGUUCUCCAAGGAGAGAGAGAAGGCCAAGGCUCGUGGAGACUUUCAGAAACUGCGAGAGAAGCAACAGCUGGAGGAGGACCUGAAGGGCUACCUGGACUGGAUCACUCAGGCUGAGGACAUCGACCCGGACAACGAGGACGAGGAGGGCUACGAGGAGGGCAAACGCAACCGGGUGACUCUGGCUGACCUCACAGAGAAGAAGAAAGGAAGCAGGUUUGGGUGGUUCAGCCAGUCCUCCGACACUCAUGCGAGUAUACCAGCCAGUGAGACGGAGUCAGUGAACACAGAGAAUGUGGCUGAGGAUGAGGUGAAGACACCGUGCUGUGGACCUUUUUGCCAAAUAAUUUCAAAGUCAAAGUUCAGUCGGCGCUGGCGUCGCUGGAACAGGUUCUGCCGCAGGAAGUGCCGGGUGGCGGUGAAAUCGGUGCCUUUCUAUUGGCUGGUGAUCAUCCUGGUGUUUCUCAACACGCUCACCAUCUCCUCAGAGCACUACAACCAGCCUGACUGGCUCACACAAGUACAGGACGUGGCAAACAAGGUUCUGCUGGGCAUGUUUACGUGUGAGAUGAUGACCAAGAUGUACAGUCUGGGCCUGCAGGCCUACUUUGUGUCCCUUUUCAACCGAUUUGACUGCUUCGUGGUGUGUGGAGGCAUCACCGAGACCAUCCUGGUGGAGCUGGCCAUCAUGUCUCCUCUGGGCAUCUCUGUGUUCCGCUGUGUCCGCUUGCUCAGGAUCUUCAAGGUCACACGUCACUGGCAGUCUCUCAGUAACUUGGUGGCGUCGCUGCUGAACUCCAUGAAGUCCAUCGCCUCCCUGCUCCUCCUCCUCUUCCUCUUCAUCAUCAUCUUCUCCCUGCUGGGCAUGCAGGUGUUCGGAGGCAAGUUCAACUUCGACGAGACACAGACCAAGAGGAGCACCUUCGAUAACUUCCCCCAGGCACUGCUCACUGUGUUUCAGAUCCUGACAGGUGAAGACUGGAACGCUGUGAUGUAUGACGGCAUCAUGGCGUACGGCGGCCCUUCUUCCUCAGGGAUGAUCGUCUCAUUCUACUUCAUUAUCCUCUUCAUCUGCGGAAACUACAUCCUGCUGAACGUCUUCUUGGCUAUUGCUGUGGACAACCUGGCAGACGCAGAGUCUCUCAACGCUCCAAGAGACAAAAAGGACGAGAAAAAGGAAGAGGCACCAGUGGAGGAGGAAGAGGACAAUGCUGCAGCGGAGGAGGAGGAGGAGGAGCCGGAGGUUCCAGCAGGGCCACGCCCAGCCAUCUCUGAGUUGGUCAAGAAGGAGAAGAUCACCCCCAUCCCUGACGGCAGUGCUUUCUUCAUCUUCAGCAAGACUAACCCGAUCCGGGUGGGAUGUCAUAAACUCAUCAACCACCACAUCUUCACCAACCUCAUCCUGGUCUUCAUCAUGCUCAGCUCUGUCUCCCUCGCUGCAGAGGACCCCAUACGCAACUUCUCCGCACGCAACAUCGUCCUAGGCUAUGCAGAUUAUGUCUUCACUAGUAUGUUUACAUUUGAGAUCAUGUUAAAGAUGACCACAUACGGAGCGUUCCUCCAUAAAGGAGCGUUCUGUAGGAACACUUUCAACCUGCUGGAUCUGCUGGUGGUGGGGGUCUCCCUGGUCUCCUUCUGCAUCCAGUCCUCUGCCAUCUCAGUGGUGAAGAUUCUGAGAGUCCUGCGAGUGCUCAGGCCCCUGAGGGCCAUCAACCGAGCCAAGGGCCUCAAGCACGUGGUCCAGUGUGUGUUUGUGGCCAUCAGGACCAUUGGUAACAUCAUGAUCGUCACCACGCUGCUGCAGUUCAUGUUCGCCUGCAUAGGAGUGCAGCUAUUCAAGGGGAAGUUUUACCGCUGCACAGAUGAAGCCAAGUCUAGCCCCGACGAAUGCAAGGGCACCUACAUCCUUUAUAAGGAUGGGGACGUGAACCAGCCAUUCGUCCAUAAGAGAGUGUGGCACAACAGCGAGUUCAACUUUGACAACGUGCUCAUGGCCAUGAUGGCUCUGUUCACUGUGUCUACCUUCGAGGGCUGGCCUUCGUUGCUCUACAAGGCCAUAGACUCAAACAGGGAGAACCUGGGUCCCAUCUACAACUACCGCAUCGAGAUCUCCAUCUUCUUCAUCAUCUACAUCAUCAUCAUCGCCUUCUUCAUGAUGAACAUCUUCGUGGGUUUCGUCAUCGUUACAUUUCAGGAGCAGGGAGAGAAAGAGUACAAGAACUGUGAGCUGGAUAAGAACCAGCGUCAGUGUGUGGAGUAUGCCCUGAAGGCCCGUCCAUUGAGGAGGUAUAUCCCUAAGAACCCCUACCAGUAUAAGUUCUGGUAUGUGGUCAACUCCACAGGGUUUGAGUACAUCAUGUUCGUCCUCAUCAUGCUCAACACACUAUGCCUGGCUGUGCAGCACUAUGGCCAGUCUGCAACAUUUAACUAUGUGAUGGACAUCCUCAACAUGGUCUUCACUGCUGUUUUCACUGCGGAGAUGGUGCUCAAACUCAUCGCCUUCAAACCCAGGCACUAUUUCACUGAUGCGUGGAACACGUUUGAUGCCUUAAUUGUAGUUGGUAGCGUCGUUGAUAUUGCUAUCACUGAAGUGAAUCCAACGGAGGCUCCUCAGUUGGAUGAGUCGGGGAACACGGAGGACAACGCUCGCAUCUCCAUCACCUUCUUCCGUCUGUUCCGAGUCAUGCGAUUGGUCAAGCUGCUGAGCAGAGGGGAGGGUAUCCGCACACUCCUGUGGACCUUCAUCAAGUCCUUCCAGGCUCUGCCAUAUGUUGCCCUUCUGAUCGCCAUGCUCUUCUUCAUCUAUGCUGUCAUUGGCAUGCAGGUGUUUGGGAAGAUAGCUAUGGUGGACGGCACCCACAUCAACAGGAACAACAACUUCCAGACCUUCCCUCAGGCUGUGUUGCUGCUCUUCAGGUGUGCCACGGGCGAGGCGUGGCAGGAGAUCAUGUUGUCGUGUGUUUCGGGAAAGCUAUGUGACCCAGAGUCGGACUACAACCCUGGGGAAGAGAUGACCUGUGGAGCCAGCUUCGCCUACAUCUACUUCAUCAGCUUCUACAUGCUCUGUGCCUUCCUGAUUAUCAAUUUGUUUGUGGCUGUCAUCAUGGACAACUUUGACUACCUUACUCGUGAUUGGUCCAUCCUGGGUCCUCACCACUUGGACGAGUUCAAGAGGAUCUGGUCUGAGUACGACCCAGAGGCCAAGGGCAGGAUUAAACAUCUGGACGUGGUCACUCUGCUCCGACGCAUCCAGCCUCCACUGGGCUUCGGCAAACUCUGCCCUCAUAGAGUGGCCUGCAAGAGACUGGUGGCCAUGAACAUGCCUCUAAACAGUGACGGCACCGUCAUGUUCAAUGCUACGCUAUUUGCAUUAGUACGCACCGCCCUGAAGAUCAAAACAGACGGUAAUCUGGAGCAGGCCAACGAGGAGCUGAGAGCCGUCAUCAAGAAGAUCUGGAAGAGGACCAGCAUGAAGCUGCUGGACCAAGUGGUGCCCCCUGCUGGUGAUGAUGAGGUAACCGUGGGGAAGUUCUAUGCCACCUUCCUGAUACAGGACUACUUUAGGAAAUUCAAGAAACGUAAAGAGGAGGGCCUGGUGGGGGUGCACGCCUCUCAGAACAACACAGCCAUCGCUCUUCAGGCUGGCCUUCGCACGCUACAUGAUAUUGGGCCUGAAAUUCGCCGAGCGAUAUCAUGUGACCUGCAAGAUGAGGAGCUAGUAGACUUUAUUCCAGAGGAGGACGAGGAGAUUUAUAGGCGCAAUGGUGGCCUGUUCGGUAACCACAUCAACCACGUGAACGGGGACCACCACCGGCGCUCAUCGGGGCCCCAGACCAACGCCACCCAGCGGCCCCUGCAGGUGCAGCCGCCUCCACACUAUGCCCACAUGGAGCAGCCGGUGGGGCGUCUCUGCCGGGCCAACGCCAUGUCCCACCCGCACCCCAAUCACCACCACCACCACAACUCCUCAUAUGGCAAGUCGCCCAAGUCCACCAACAUCAACCUGAACAACGCCAACAUGUCCAGUCUGCCCAACGGAGGAGGACACCACCACCGCUACUAUGAGCACACUCCGCCCCCAGCCAACGGUUACCCAGGACACCGCAGUGGCCCCUACCACACCGACUACGACAAGCCGCCACCUCGCGGCACGCCACAGGGACAAAGAAGGCGCUACUAUGAGACCUAUGUUAGGUCCCACCGGGGAGACGCCCGCCUUCCCACCAUCCGACGGGAGGAGGAGUUUGACGAUGACAGGUGCUCGGGAGAGUACUACAGCGGAGAGGAGUUCUACGAGGACGACAGCAUGUUGUCAGGAGACAGGAGGUCCUAUAAGGAAUACCUGGACAGGUACCAGAACAGUGACACGGAGUACGAGACUCCUAGAGGCUACCACCACCCCGACAGUUACUACAACGAUGACGAGCAACCCCUCUACCAAGACGGAAGGAGGUCACCUAAGAGACGGAUGCUUCCUGCCACGCCCCAAGGUCACAGGAGGCCCUCCUUCAACUUUGAGUGUCUGAGAAGGCAAGGCAGUCAGGAUGAGCUGCCACACACACACACUGCUCUACCACUGCACCUAAUGCAGCACCAGGUGAUGGCUGUAGCAGGGCUGGACUCCAGCAGAGCCCACCGUCUCUCCCCCUCCCGCUCCACCCGCUCCUGGGCCAGUCCACCCGCCACUUCGGCCAGUAAGGAGCAGUCGCCCAACUACACACCCCUCAUCCGCGUGGAUCACCCUGGACAAAGGGAGAGUGCCGCCAGCAGCCAGGUGUCUCUGAGGAAGAGCUCUUGGUACACAGACGACCCAGAGUACUCCCAGAGGACCUACUCCCCCAUCCAUCUCCAGGUGCCCCCAGAGUACCAGAUUAAUAUAGAGGCGAAAGAAACGCACACUGAGUACCGCCAGCAGCACCAUCAGAAGAGCGCCACUAGCUUGGUGGAGGCGGUGUUGAUAUCAGAGGGGCUCGGAAGAUACGCCAUGGAUCCAAAGUUCGUGGCCGCCACCAAGCACGAGAUAGCGGACGCGUGCGAGAUGACCAUCGACGAGAUGGAGAGCGCGGCCAGCCACCUGCUGAACGGUGGCAUGGCGCCGGCGGUUAACGGGGUCAACGUGUACCCUGUCAUGAGCGAGCGGAACUACGACCUCCAAGACGCCACAGCCAGUUAUAGUGACGAGGAGCCGGAGGUGGAGCUUAGAGUGCCGUACGAGGAGGACCUGGCAGACGAGAUGAUCUGCAUCACCACUUUAUAGCAACGUAGAAACUAACUACUAGCUGUAUGUACUCUACUUAAUAUAGACUACAGUACCGACAGUGGAAAACUCAAUGAGAAAUGCAUCUAUUGGCUUACAACCAAAAGAAGUGCCUUUUACAUGGAAGAGAAAGGUAACCUAUGAGGAGAGAGAGACACACUGGCCCCGCCCACUUAUUCUGUCACUUGCCCUCUGGCAGCCAGGGAAUUCACGUCACGUCUGUCAAUCACAGGGCCAGGAACCAAUCCUGGUGCCAGGGAACCAUGUUAGUUCCGUCCUCCCAGAUCAGCACUACUGGCACAUAGUGGACCAUGCCGAUAGGUCAUAGGUCACGGUCUGGAGGUGACACAGGCUCAUCAACGAGCCAGUCGCAGAUGAGGACAUGGAGUGUCAGUGGAGGAGAUGGACCUAUUGGCAGAUGCGUGAGGUACCGGGCCGGGUCGUUAAGGGUGUUGACAAUCAGAUGUAAGAUGUCAUUCCCUCUGUCACUUUAUUAAGGUUUUGGCAUAUCAUGCAAGUUUUCAAUGCAAGCAUAGAAAGGCAUAUCUCCCCCACCUAACCCCCCUCAGAUGUUUUAGUAUAACUUUGAUCCUGGAAUAAUUUCCAUAAAUAAUUAAAAGAUUGCUGUAGAUGGAACUCUAUGCGGCGCAAAAGAUUAACCAGUUUACGUAUGCAGGAGAUAUCAGUCACAUUUAUAGCAUCAUCAAACCAGAAUUAUACACUGGGUGGUUCGAGCCCUGAAUGCUGAUUGGCUGACAGCCGUGGUAUAUCACACCGUUGCAUCGUCCCUAAGAACAGGCCUUAGCCGUGGUAGAUUUGCCAUAUACCAACUCCCCCUCGUGCGUUAUUGCUUAAAUAUACACUUCUGAGGCGACUACUAGCGUUUGGGAUAAAUGCACUAGCAGGCAGGUUGUUUUUAAUUUUAGAAUAGCCUGAGAAUUCAUAUUUCAUAGUAGAUAUACUGUAAAUGAAUUGUAUUAUAUAAACAAAAAUAAACUUUGUAAAGAGAUGUUCUAUAUUUUGUAAUUAUGUACCAUUUCAAAAGAAGGUCAGCAAUACACACCCUAAUGAAUCCUAUUAUGCUACCAGGAAAGAAGAUCGCUGGUGUUAUUAUUUUAUUAGGUACAAUAUUCUGAGAUGAAUUGGCCUUUUCUUUGUUAUUGCUCAUAUGCAUCCUUGACUGGUCUGUGAAACCAUUUUGUUCUUGGUGUAACAACACAGCUGCACAAGAUAUGCAAAUGUAUUUGUUAUUUUACUUGUUUUAUGAGCGAGCAUAAGAACACUAUGUUUUACUCCAACCACACCAAUACCAGUACCACAACGUUAAAUCCCCCCUUAUUAAGAGCAUCUUUGUAGGACUUGAACUUAGCUACGGCUCAAGGAUCUACUCUACCUUAAUAAAGAUGUGAUGAUAAACAUUUGUGUUUGCAUAUGUUGUGCAGGGCAGGUGUACAGCACAGGAAGGUCAAAUGUCUAGUGCAUUGACAAUGCUGCUUCAUUCACCCAUUUUGAAAUUCAUUCUACAACUUUAUUAGUUUCAUCUAUCCCAACUGAAAUGCCUUCUGCUGCUGAAAGAAAACUAUAUGAUCAAAGAAGUGAGAUGAACAGGAAUCUCUGUCGUUCUCGAUGCUUGUAUUGGGAUUUUUCCUCAAUAUAUGAUUUAUAUAAGUUAAUUCCACUGAUCCUUUCAAACUGAAUCUUCCUAAUCACUUGGCCUUCAUGUUGUUGCUGUGUGUGAGGCUUUUGACAGACUGAGCCUGUGUAAGCUAGGAUAGACAGGAGUUGCAUGGUGGCUGACUGGUGAGGCAGGUAUUCAUCGGGGAUGUUCACAGGACAGAUGAGCCCAUGAUGAGGCAUCAUAGUCACGGUGGGUCCACAGUCUCUACCAUUGUUCUCUUUUUCUGUUGUGUUGUCGUGUCUUAUUGGGUCUGAUGUGUUUAAGAUGGAGAUAGGCUAAGCAAUACUAACCCUCACUCUCUCAGCAUCUCUCUCUCUGGCUUCUCUCUGCAUAUACUAUACCUCGUGGUGGUCCAACACCGUCUGGGGAAAACAUAUCAGCCUCUCUCUCAACCAACCAGUCUCUUUCCCACAGCGAGCUUCCCCUUCCAAUGAGAAGGGAGCGUUUGUACUACGGCUCAUCUUUACGAGAACUCCACUCUUGUUGCUAUUGAGGAAAAAUGAAUGCGCCACAAAAUUACUUUACACAAACAGACAAAAUAUAGACUAUGAAGGAUCGCGCUUUUUUCAGGCGCUGCCCUGGAGAUUUUGAAUAAGUACAGAUGAUGGGUAGGUGAUGAGACGUGGGAUCUGUAGUUCAUGAGUGUUUGAUUUGUAGUUCAUGAGUUCGCACUGCGUUCUCAGUCAACCGAAUACUGUCGUGAAAAUGUAGGUUUUCCACUUUGUGUGCAUAUUGAAAGGGCUCUUUGAAUCGUUUGUGAGUUUAAAAAAAAUGUGUUCUGGUCUUUCUGUUGAUAACUAUCUUGUGAAAGGACCAAUGCGAAUUCCAGUCACAUUGUACUAUUCGUAGCAAUUACUGAUAAACUGAAAAUAUGCAUUAUUUUGUAAACACUUGUGUUAAACUAAAGAUAAAACCAACUUACUUUUACCUCAUGUCAGGGAUUCCUGAAAAAAGAAAAGAGACAAUUAUUUGGUUCUAUACCAAUGGUAUUUCAAUAUUAGCACAUAGCUGUUUGUCUUUGCACAAGUAACUGUAUAGUACUAUUGUUUCUCAUUUUUUCUAUACAAAUGUUUGUGUAUUAAGGUGAGACAAUUUUGUACUUUUUUGUGACUGUGUGUAUGGUUUAGUGAAAUCUAUAUUUGUCAUUUACACCUCACCUUAGAUUGCUGGGACAGAAAAAAAUAUGAAAGAAAAUAAUUUCAAGGUGCACUGUUCCUUUGUUUGCGGGUUAAAAAUGGUAAUGUACCAGUGGUAAUAUACCAGUUUACAGAGAAAGACUUGUUGAUUUAAACAUUUUGAUUAGUUUUCAUUCUAUUAUUAUAAUUAUUAUGAUUACUAUUACUACUAUUACUGUUAUUAAAUAUGUAUUAAAAUUGAAGAGAUCAUGUUAAAUAUGUACACAUGUAUGGAAAGACCCAUGGUAAUGUUCUCUACUUGAAAGUCCAAAAGAUUAGCUCUGUAAUGUUUUUAUUCAGUAAACAUGAUUUAUCUUAGUAGCAAAUGCUUUAUUAUGACCCUCUAGUUUUUUUUAUCAAUACAUUUUUUGUAUUUUCCCAUUUUAUUUUGGCCUUGAAUUCAUUUGAAUCGAUAAUAUUUUAUUUUCUAAUGAUUAUUACUGAAUAAACUU